AUGAUGAUGUCUAUUAAAUGUAUGAUUUUUCACAUGUUUAUUAUUCUAUCUAUGAGUGAAGUUUUCUAUGCACAAGAAGAAUCUUCUGAUGUUACUCCAAUGGAGAAACAAGAACUUCAAGCUUUGUUCUCAACCAUUCAAGGCUUUGUUGGUGAUUCAUGGAAUGGCUCAUCUCUCUAUCCAGAUCCUUGUGGCUGGAGUCCUAUUCAGGGAGUUUCUUGUGAUAUUUUCAAUGGAUUUUGGUAUGUAACAGUUCUCAACAUUGGACCUAUUCAUGAUAAUUCUCUGGUAUGUUCUGAUAAAAAAUUGGAAUUUAGACCAGAAUUAUUUAACCUAAAAUACCUAAAAGCUCUAUCAUUCUUCAACUGUUUUCAAUCACCAAAUAGUCUUCCAGUUUCAAUUCCUACUGGAAACUGGGAGAAAUUAUCUGAGAGCUUAGAAUCGAUUGAAUUUCGAUCCAAUCCAGGUCUUAUCGGAAACAUUCCUUCGUCUUUCGGUGUCCUCAAGAAUCUUCAAUCAAUGGUUUUACUAGAAAAUGGAUUAACCGGUAGAAUACCACUAGAAAUUGGAAAUCUUGUGAAGUUGAAGAGACUCGUUCUUUCGGGAAACAAUUUCAGUGGCAAUGUUCCGGAUAAUUUCGGCGGGUUAAGAGAUUUGUUAAUCCUUGAUUUAAGUAGAAAUUCGUUAUCCGGAACAUUGCCUUUGACAUUCGGAAAGAUGAUUUCGGUUUUGAAGAUUGAUGUUAGUCAUAAUUUUCUUGAAGGAAAGUUGCUUAAUGAGUUUUCAAGUCUUAAGAAUUUGACACUUAUGGACUUAAGGAACAAUAGAUUUUGUUGCGGAUUGGUAGAUUCUUUGCAAGAGAUGAAUUCUUUGGAAGAAUUGGUUUUGUCAAAUAAUCCAUUAGGUGGUGAGAUGAGAGUUUUGAAAUGGGAGAAUCUGAAAAAUUUGGUGAUUUUGGAACUCUCUAACAUGGAAUUGAGAGGUGAAAUUCCUGAGUCAUUAUCUGAGUUGAAGAAAUUGAGAUUUUUGGGACUUAAUGAUAAUAAUCUUACAGGUAAAGUUUCACCAAAGCUGGAAUCACUUCCUUCUCUUAAUGCACUUUACUUAAGUGGAAAUAAUCUAAAAGGGGAGAUUCAAUUUUCAAAAGGGUUUUUUGGUAAAUUGGGGAGACGUUUUGGUGCUUGGAGUAAUCCAAAACUUUGUGUUCCACUUGGAGUUAUGUCAUCAAACAAUGUUCCAUUUGGGGUGAAACCAUGUCACCAACAAGAAGAGGUUCAUUUGGUGAAAUCUAAUGCAAAAAAAGAGAUUCUCAAUAGUGAUAUGAAUAUGAACAAUACUUCCAAUUUCAUAGCCUCUAUGGGAUUAUCUAGGUGUGGAAAUUGUGGUUUUUGGUGGAUUUUUUUGGUUUUGGGUUUAGUACUUAAUUGUAAUAUAGUUUUUUAA